CAAUAAAAAACUAACAAUAACAAAGUUUUUACAGACAGUCGUGAUUGCAUCAUUUUCACGCUUCUAACAUACCUUCUACCCAGUCCCAUGGUAUGUUUGAAAAAAGGCUUAAAGCGUUGGCGGCCGACAUUCGCAGAAACAAGAGAAGCGUAUUUAAUGUUUCUCACCGAUCUCUCGGAGGUUGAAGGGUACAUUGAAAGAUUGUCAACACGCUACCAACAGAGGAAUCUCCAGCCGAAACCGCUUCUGAUAGCAGUUGGCCCCAGCAUCAGUUGCUGCUUGAAAUUUCUUGUAUAUUUUCAAGAAACGUAUUAUGAAUUUCGAACAUUUCUGAAGGCGUUAGACAUCUGCUAUAAACUUUUCAAAACGUAUGGAUUGAAUUUCCCGGAAGAAGCUUCUGGACCCUGGAAUUUUUUGGACCAUUGCAUUUAUGAUUUCGAGGUGAAUUCCAUUCCGUGGGAAUCGAAAAUAAUCUCGUUGAAGCAAUAUAUUCAAAAUUAAUUAAAAUGAUUCGUUGCAUUGUUAAAAAUUGUCGGUGGGUGUCGAACACCUUCGAUUUACUAUUAAAUCACGUGAAACGUAUGCAUUACAAUUUAAAUUUAUAUCAAUGUAACUACAGCGAUUGCGAUAGAUCUUUUGGCAAUUUCCGUACUUUUCGAGAUCAUUAUAAAAAACAUUAUGGAUUGCAUGUUGCAUUUGAAAUUAAUAGGAAAAACUGCAACAGUGUAGAAGAUGCUGAGGAGUGCGGUAACGAAAAGCAUGGCAAAAGCAAUGAAAGAUUUCUUCAAAGUGGAAGGAAUAACAAUACGAAGAAUAAUAAAGAUGUUGAUAUCGAUGAACUGACAAAACAAAUGCAAAGAUCGAGUAUAAACUUUUAUUUGAAAUGGUCAAGCAAAGAGAGCGUACCCAGAAAACUGGUUUUAGAUUUACAAAAAGAUAUUGAAACUUAUUUCAUCAAACCAAUGGAGACAACAGUUUUGUGUUUAGCAGAUGGAGGAAACUUAUCUGAAGAUUUAAAGAACAUUUUACUGAGGGUUCUGCAAUCCGGAAUUCAGGAAUCGGAAUAUAAGUUUCUUCAGCAACUAAAAGUACUAGAUGUUUACGAAGAUCCUAUUGUGUUCACAAUCAGCAAUCAACUCAAACCUGGAGUAAGGAGCAACGUUCAAAAAAUGGUUUGUGAUCUUGCUCAAGGUGUUCUUCUUCCUAUUAAAUUCCAUUUAACAAAGUAUUUGGAAUCUCCUAACAUGAUGGAUUUAAUUCUGCGAUCCAUUACUCCUUCGGAUGAUUCUGUUAUCAGGAGUGUCAUCGACGGCACCGAGUGGAAACAAAAAAUUAAGAGAUUCGAGUCGGGCAUAAUUUUACCUCUAAAUAUUUUCACGGAUGACUUCAACUUGUCCGACACUGCUUCUACUCACAGUAAAAACACGUCUAUAUGCGGAAUUUAUUACAAUAUCCCGUGUCUCCCGACUUAUGUUUUGUCAAAGUUAUCAAACACUUUAACGGCCGGUUUUGUCAAAACUUUAGACAAAAAACAUUUUGAUAUUGACAUGAUUUUUGCGAAACUAAUUGAUGUUCUUAAAGAUUUGGAAAUCAAUGGCUUAGAAGUUUGUUAUAAAGGGUCGAAGUUGAAAGUUUAUUUUGUUGUCGCAUUAAUUCUAGGGGAUAAUUUAGCCCUUAAUGGAAUUACAGGAUUUGUUGAAAGUUUUAGAUCAAAUUAUUUUUGCAGAGUCUGCAAAAGGACAAAAAAACAAACAGAAGUCGAUUGCGUCCAAAUAGAUUCAGAACUAAGAACAAAGCAAAACUACGAAAGCGAUUUGCAGCAAUCAGAUGUUUCUGAAACAGGAUUGAAAUCAGAAUGUAUUUUCAAUAGACUACCUUCAUUUCACGUAACUGAAAAUUUUGUUUUCGAUAUCAUGCAUGAUAUCCUCGAAGGAGCCUUACUAUACGGUCUUCAACACGCGUUGCAUUAUUUCAUUUAUGUAAAAAACUAUUUUACUAUCCAUGAAUUGAACUAUAGGAAAAAUGUGUUUGUUUUCGGAAAGCUAAGUUCAGGAAAUAUAGUAGGAGAUUUUACGGAAAGAAAAAUUAAAAGCAAAGAAUUAAAACUAACUGCUAGUGAGGCAAAAGUAUUUACUCAGUUCUUGCCACUGAUAGUCGGAGAAAAAAUUCCACUAUCUGAUCCUGUUUGGGAUUACUUAAAAGUUCUAUUAAAUAUUUUGCACAUUGUAUUGUUGGACGAAAUUCCAAUUGAUUUAAUCAAUCCAUUGAAAACUUUAGUUGAAGAGCAUCAUUCUGUAUUAAAAACCGGUACUCUUAGAUUGAAUUGGUGCAUGAGCCAUUAA